AUGUCGGAUUCUGAUGAUGUCGACGCGGGCGCGAGCCCAGCGGAUGGCUGGGAAAGGAUUUUGCAGCGGAAUUUGGUGUCAAAAGCAGUGGCAGGGAAGCUCCUGAGGGCCAUGGACAUCAUCCCAGCAGGUUGGGGCGAUUGCCCAGACAUGGGGCCAGUGGUGCAGAAGGCUGGCUUGAAAGGCCAUGGACUGUUCAGCAAGUGCGCAAUCAAGAAAGGCAGGGUUUCGAAACGGUCCCCAAUGUUCGAGGAGACCCCCCCUCACCCCCCGCCCCCCUGUCCCGUGGAUUUGGGCAAGCCUGCGCGCAGGUGCAUUCAUUACGGAGUUCUUGGGGGAGCUGGUUGUUGA